AUGAUAUUUAAGGCUAAUGUACCGGUGGGACUCCACUCCAGUGAUUGCAGGGAUUUCAAAGUCCUUGGGAAUCUUGAAUGUGGGUAUCGUUACCACCCCCAUUCUCUUCUGAGGGUCAAAGUUCAUAGUUGCAUGCAUCUUAUUAUCGUAUUAUGUAUGGAUACAAGCAAGCUUGUCCCGGGUCUGGUUAAUGUUGAUUUUGCUGAUGUAUUAGCUAUCAUGAAAAAAGCAAGCUCUUUUCUUAUGGGAAUAGGAACUGCAACUGGGAAGAGCAAGGCAAGAGAUGCAGCAUUGAAUGCCAUCCAAUCACUUUUGUUAGACAUUGGCUUUGAACAAGCUACUGGGAUUGUCUGGAAAAUAACUGGUGGGAGCAGUUUAGCUUUGUUUGAGUUGAGCCUUCCAACUUCUCCCUUAAAGGUAAGCAUAACUCUGAUUGCUACUGGAUUCAAUUGCCAAGAUGAAAGUGAAGGGAAGGGGGCUCAACAUGGUCUUGGUGACGCUUCUGUUCGAAUCAACAGAGACAUCUCAAAUGCUAAUGUUGAAGCAUAG